AUGGCUCAACAGCCUCUUCCCACGUCCCAGGCGCCGACCGACACCUAUGGCGGAGAUGAGGUCUCCGCUAUCGUUCUCGAUCCCGGCUACUGCUUUACCCGCGCCGGCUUUGCGGGCGAAGACUCCCCAAGUAUCGAGGUACGGAACUACAUGAACAAGGACAGCGUCGUCGAGGACUGGGACGCCGCCACACAGAUUUGGGAGAACAUGCUCCUCAAUCGCCUCCAUGCGCCAAAGGCUACCCCGCCUGCGAAGAACGGACUCAACGAUAACGGAGAUGAUGCCGAUCCCGCCGCCGUCGACGUGAAGAAGGAUGGAGAGGGAGAUGUCUCGAUGGGCGACAAUGCGGAGGCUGCCGAGGUCAAGGCUAGGGAGAAGGCCGUGGAGAUUAUAAUGGAGAACUGGGGUUGUCCCGCUUUUUGGUUCAGCAGGACACCGGUCUUGACUGCCUUUGCUGCUGGCAAGGCGAGCGCCCUCGUCGUUGAUAUUGGCGGCGCAAACACCUCUGUGACCUGCAUCCACGACGGCGUUGUCUUGAAGCGCUCCAUCCAGAGGUCCCCUGUAGGCGGCCUCUGGCUUUCCGCGCAGCUUCGUGCCGUGUUCGAAAGCAGCGAUUCCAAGGUCGACCUGGUUCCCACCUUCCUUGUGGAGAACAAGACUCCCGUGGAUGCCGGCGCUCCCGCGCAAUACAAGCAACGCAAGUUUGACUUUGACCUCCACUCCUCAUUCCGCGCCUGGGAAGAAGAGCGGCUCCUCACCGAGUUCAAGGAGUCCGUGGUCGAGACCUGGCGGGGUCCCGGAAAGUACACUGCCCCCGGUAAUGAGGAUUUCCUCCGCCAACAGCCCGGUCGUGUCUUUGAGAUGCCCGACGGCUCCAAUCAGAUGUGGCGCGAGCAGCGCUUCCGCGCUCUCGAGGGAAUGUGGGACGAGACCGCUGCCUACACAAACACCCCAGAGGAGUACCGCCUCACCAAGGCCCAGACCAUCCCCGAGCUCAUCCGCGCCUCCAUUAACGCAGUCGACGUCGACCUGCGUCCUAACCUUCUCCAGAAUGUCGUCGUCACCGGUAGCACCAGCCUCAUCAACGGCUUCGGCGACCGCCUCCACAACGAGCUCUCCACCAUGUACCCCGGCACCAAGAUUAAGCUUCACGCUGCCGGCUUGUCGAGCGAGCGCCGUUUUGGCGCCUGGAUUGGCGGUAGCAUUCUAGCCAGUCUCGGCACAUUCCACCAGAUGUGGAUUUCUAAGCAGGAGUACGAGGAGAACGGCGUCAACGUCGUCGAGAAGCGAUGCAAGUAG